GCGGUCACGUUACUCGGCCGCGCCGGGCGGAGUUAAAUAGCGGAUGUGUGCCGCACACCGGCAUUUUACACCGGCUCCAUGCGCACCGGACACAUUGAGAAGAGUUCAGCAAAUUACACGCAAACGGACAAGUCUCUGGCUCCAACAACCGCCAUCUCCUCCUCCUCCUCACUCCUUUCUCCCCCCACCGGGAUCCGAGCGACUCGGCUCCUCCGUGCUGACGGGAUGCCCAGAGAACUGACCCAGAACCGGACCCAGAAGAUCUGGGUGCCCGCCAAGGAUGACAAGCCGGCCCCCCGCAGAGCGGCUGGCGCCCCACACUUCGCCAACCCCCCCACCGUCAUCGUCAUGGUUGGUCUUCCGGCUCGAGGCAAGACGUACAUCUCCAAGAAACUCACCCGCUACCUCAACUGGAUCGGCAUGCCCACCAAAGUCUUUAACGUCGGGGAGUACCGGAGGGAGGCGGUCAAGAACUACAGCUCUUAUGACUUUUUCAAGCCGGAUAACGAGUGCGCCUUUAAGAUCAGGCAGCAAUGUGCCUUAGCAGCCUUGAGGGAUGUAAAGUCCUAUUUAAAAGACGAGGGAGGCCAAGUAGCGGUCUUCGAUGCCACGAACACAACAAGAGAAAGGCGAGACAUGAUCCUCCAGUUUGGCAGCGAGAAUGACUUCAAGAUCUUUUUUAUUGAGUCUGUGUGCGACGAUCCCGGCGUCAUUGCAUCGAACAUCAUGGAAGUGAAGGUGUCGUGCCCGGACUACCGUGACUGCAACACGACCGACGCCGUGCUGGAUUUCCAGAGGAGAAUCGAUUGCUACAAAACAAGCUACCAACCUCUUGACCCCGACCAGUACGACAGGGAUCUCUCAUUCAUUCAGGUGAUAGACGUGGGUCGGCGUUUCCUCGUCAACCAAAUCCUAGAUCACAUCCAGAGUAAGAUAGUCUACUACCUGAUGAACAUCCACGUCCAGCCCCGCACCAUCUACCUGUGCCGGCACGGAGAGAGCACAGACAACCUGGAGGGGCGGCUGGGUGGAGACGCGGGCCUCUCGCCGCGGGGCAGGCAGUUUUCAUCCGCCCUCGCUGGGUUUGUGGAGGAGCAGAAGCCCAAGGACUUGAAGGUCUGGACCAGCCAGCUGUGUUGCAGCAUCCAGACCGCGGAGCACCUGCGCGUCCCGUACGAACAGUGGAAGGCUCUCAACGAGAUCGACGCGGGAAUGUGUGAAGAGAUGACGUACGACGAGAUAAAGGAGAAAUUCCCGGAGGAGUUUGCUUUGAGAGAUGAAGACAAAUACUACUAUCGCUACCCUGCUGGGGAGUCCUACCAGGACCUGGUCCAGCGGGUGGAGCCGGUCAUCAUGGACCUGGAGAGGCAAGCAAACGUCCUGGUCAUCUGCCACCAGGCCGUCAUGCGCUGCCUGCUGGCCUACUUCCUGGAUAAGAGUGCAGAGGAGAUGCCCUACCUGAAGUGUCCCCUCCACACUGUGCUGAAGCUCACCCCGGUCGCCUACGGGUGCAAGGUGGAGUCCAUCUCUCUCAAUGUGGAGGCGGUGAACACCCACAGAGACCGGCCGGAGGAGAUGAGGAGGGCUCCGGGCAGCUUGCUCAGGCGGAACAGUGUGACCCCUCUGACCAGCCCCGAGUCGAACAUCAAGAAACCUCGCAUCGACGACCUCGACGAGGCUCCCAUCCAGGAGCUACCGCCAUCCGUGGCCUCGCUGGCACUCUGCAGCCCCUCCCACCUCCCUCUGGCCCUGGCUGGACAGCGCUGGCUGGGCCAAGUCUGCCUAACCUGAGGAGGAACUCCUCCGGCCUCCGGGACGUCCUGCAGCCCUGCCUAUAAACUUCACUGAUGAGCAGACUGCUGACAAAGGCUCUCUGAACACGAAGCAACCAGGAAGAGUUAAAUCAUAUAUUUUUUUCUUUUUUGGUAUAAUUUCUCAUUUAAUCACGCAAGUAACCUCAGUCUUUAUUAUUCAUGAAGGAUCAUGAUAUUUUUUCGCUGCCCAGUCAGAUAUUUCUGUUCAAAGAUGUUUCAUUACGAAUCAAGACUAUUUAUUACUUUCUUUUUUUUUGCCAUUUUCAAUUUAUUGUAUUUGUUUGAUGGGAAAACCUUUAACGUCCCGUUUUUUUUAUAAGACUGAAAGAGGAGAACUGUGACUCGUUCAAAUCGACGGUUAUUACUGGUAGGUCACCACAUCUCUGAUGGCUCUCUGUGAACUAGUCUCACUGGUUUAUUAAUUUGGAGAGACCAACUGUCACGGCAAGGUUAAAUAUUUCAAACCAUUCUUAACUUAUGAUGGCACUGUUAAUACAAAUGUAAAGGAUUCUAUUUUAGUUUACAUUGUAAAGUUUUUAAGACGCCCUGCUGUUUUUAAUGCACAAUUAUUAUUUUUUUUAAAAACCUGUGCAAUGGAAGAGCGUUAUGAUUUAAUCUGUUAUUUGACACUAUACAAAUGUGAUUAUUUUGCACAACGAGUAUACAUUUGUAUUUUAUUUUGUCAUGUCUCGGAGAUGGAAGUGAUUUUUGCCGUAGAGUGCCUGUAGUGCUUGUUUUGCAAGCCUGACGCCGCUUCUCUGGAAUCGAUUGCUCGGGAAGGGCCAACACGUGUCACUAAUAACUACACAUAAUAUAUAUGUAUGUGUAGUCUAAUAACUACACAUAUCACUUACAUUUUUUUUUAUUUUUCAGUGUGUAAGUUUUGACACUACAGUGCAUCCCGAUCAUUUGAAAGUUCUUUUCUUUUGAAGUCUUCUACGCUGCAAUGCUCCGCACAGAUGUAAGCAUAUAUUUUUGUUAUAUUAAUGCGUGCCGUUGAUAAUAUCUUUAAGUGUGUGUGUGUGUGUGUGUGUGUGUGUGUGUGUGUGUGUGCAUACAAUAUAACUGCAUAGGAGAUAAAUUCCCUUGUAGAAGUAUUUUUGUACUUAUGAAAGGCCCGAUCUUUAGAGAUCGAAGUUGCUAAUCUCUCUCUCUGUAAAACUUUUAACAUUUCUGCUCAAGAUAUUUGAAAAUUAGUUUUUUGUAAAAACUGUUAUCAUAUUUAUUUAUAUGUAAUUUUGGAUGCUUUGAGUGAAAGGAACCUUGUUUUGAUCUCCAAGGACUAUGCAUGAGUGGACGGUAUGUUAAUUUUUGCAUCUGCUGGACCAAUAAAUGAACUCCUGGAACAUUUA